CAGACGUUCAGUGGUUAAGAAGUGUCUCGAGUGGAAUUAAAAAUAUAAAUUUGCAGACAUGGAUAUUGAGAAAUUAGUUGCUGAAAAUAAGGAAUUUAUCCGAGAAGAUGAUAGCAGAAAGGCUCAAGCUUUGGAGCAGUUCCGUGAAUGGUUGAGCAAGCAUCCAUUUAUAACCAAUUCACGAACAGAUGACGCGUACUUAGUUCACUUCUUGAGAACCAAGAAAUACUCAAUGGACGAUGUCUUCAAAGUUUUUGAAAAUAAUCUUCUAUUCCGAACAUCCAGACCUGAUUGGUUUGAUACCAGUGAUCAAUAUCUUGAUACUUUCCGUGAUCUUGCUAAAGGUGGAGCUGGUUACAUGCUUAAAAAGAAGGCAGCCGACGGAAGUUCUGUUUUUGUGAUAAAUUUGGAGAGACUUGAUAUCGAUAAAUACAAGACUAAAGAUGCAUUCGCAUUUGUCUUUAACUCAUUGAGUGCUUACAUGGAAAAUGAGCAGAAUCAGAUUUUGGGAUGUACAUUCAUCCUUAAUUACGUAAAGUGUCCAUUGAAGGUUAUUGGAUCAUUUUCAAUUCGUGAUACAGUUGGAUUUACUGAGAGUGCAAGUAAAUGUGCUGGACGUUUUAAAAAGUAUUUAAUUGUCGGACUUCCAGCUACUGCAAAUGCAUUACUCAAUGCUGGCAAAAAAGUCAUGACUGAGAAGCAACGUAGUCGCUUAUUUUUGUGUAAUGACCUAGAAGAUCUAGCUGAGCAUGUCGACAAAUCAGUAUUGACUGAGUACCUUGGUGGAACGGAACCGGAAGCUGAAGUUAUUGAUGAGUUCAUCAAGGUUGUCGAGACAAACUUCGACAAAGUCAAGGAAAUUAAUAAGUUUGAAGUUGAUAUGGAAAAAGCUGCUGCUUGCAGAAAUCUUGAAGAAUCCAUUGGAAGCUUCAGAACUUUGGACAUUGAUUAAGUGAUUAUUUUGUGAUUUUUAACCAAGUUUUUGGAUACUUUUUGUUAUUUUAUUAUUAUUCUUUAUUUAAAAAGGAGGUGUUUUGUGAAUUUUUUAAACUUCAAAUGACAAAAUAAAGGCAGCAGCAC